AUGACAACAAAAGAAUUGAUAACACCUUCUGAAACAGUUAAAGAUUUACCCUAUAAUUUAGAAUGUGGUACAUUAAAAUCUGUAGGUUCAAGAGUAAAAUAUAAUAAUAAAAAACAAUCAAAAGAGGUGGGAAAAAAAUUUAAAAAUUAUUAUUAUCACUCCAAUAGGGUUCAAUAUAUUACAAAUUCUAAAAUUUCCAAUGAUUCUAUAGAAUCAUUACCAAAUAAUGGAACAGAAAAAGGUUUUUUUUUCAAAGCUACUAAUGAUGCAUAUUUUGGAAAAUAUUUGUUAAAUAAUCAUGAAACACCACAAAAACCAUAUAAAGGAAAUCAACAUUAUUUGAAGAAUAAAAAUUGUACAAAUUUUACAAGUAAUUACCAUUCUUUUCAGGCAUCUGAAACUUUUUCAACAACACCAAUCUCAUCAAAUGAAUCAUCACUAGAUAUUUAUACAAAUUCAAGUGAAAAUAGUAUAGUGAAUAAAGUUUUUGACAUGUAUAUUCAAAGUUUUGCAAUUCAAGAUUUUUCUGAUGCAGAAAAAAUUUAUAAUUAUAAUAAACGAAUGAUAGCAAGAAAUUUAAUCAAAAUUCAUAAAAGGUUGCGUUAA